AAGCAGCUGCACAAGCAAGAAUUGUUGUAUGCUCAUUCUGAAUUUUCCAAUUCAAUUUAAUCUAAAGCCCUGAUUGAGGGAUAUUCUUGUGUUCAACACUCAUAGACCGGGCAUUAAUAAGAGCCAUCUUCAGCUGUGAUGAAACUAUCUCAUACUGUUUCGCGGCACAGUAGAGGAAGGUUUGAAGAUUUGCUUCUCCGUGGUGGUAGCGAUGAAACAUCCAGUGAGGGGGUGCUGAAAAGAUUCCAGGUACAAUAGGGCACAGUCAUUGAUACAAGCCAUCCUGAGAACGCUGACCAGCACGGCAUUGAUGGGCGAGCUGAGAUCCACUCAUGAAAGAAGAGAGUUGCAUGCCAUAGUCCCACGACAAAGCCGAUCUGAGACACACUGCGACACCCCAUGCUUUCACGCCUUCUUCGGCGUCUCCGUCGAGGCAGUUCCACAAGAAGCCAAUACAGAUAUUGUGCUCCAUCACACCAAAUCUCCAUGAUUCACCCCUGCAGUGAAACCACCUCCUCGGCAAUUGACCAAUAAAUGCCAUCAUCCUACAAGUGAAGAAAGGUGGUGGUUUAUAAAGAGGAAGAACUGAGCUCUAUUGACAUACUGCAAAAAUGAAGACUGUUAAAGAGUUUAAAGAGGAGAGUGAAGACAUCAGUGUUACAGAACCAUGCAGAAUGAGAGAUACUGAGGAACAAAGAGACUUGAAAGAGGAAAAUGAAGAACUGAAUGACAUGGACGAGAAACAUCAGUACAGAAAGACUGGUGAAGAAUCUUUUAGUGGCUCAAAAACUGAAAAUCAUUUCUCACAGAAAAGAUCUCCAAGAACAAGAGACAAAAAAUGUUAUAGUUGCUCUCACUGUGGAAAGAGUUUUGCACGAAAUGGAGACCUGAACGCUCACGUAAGAAUUCACACCGGAGAGAAGCCUUUUACAUGCCCCCAAUGUGGAAACAAUUUCUUAUAUAAAAGAAACCUUAAGACUCACAUGAAAAUCCACACUGGAGAAAAGCCCUUCACCUGCCUUCAGUGUGGCAAGUGUUUUACAUAUAAAGGAGAUCUUAAGCGUCACAUGAGAAUUCACACUGGAGAGAAACCAUUUACAUGCUCUCAAUGUGGAAAGAGUUUCACACAAUCAAGAAAUCUCACACUUCAUCUGCGCUUUCACUAUGGAAUAAAGCCAUUUAACUGUGAUCAGUGUGGGAAGACUUAUACGUGUGCAUCACAGCUGAAGUUACACCUGAUAACUCAUGCACACGAGAAGCCUUGUGUUUGUUCUUUUUGUGGAAAGAGUUUCAUUACAUCAGGACACCUGAAAUCACAUGAGAGAGUGCAUACUGGAGAGAAGCCGUUCCACUGUACUUCAUGUGGGAAGAGUUUCAGCCAAUUAAGUAAUCUACAGAUUCAUAUAAAAAAGCAUUGUCCAAAGUUGUCAAAGUGAGCAAAUUCAAUUUCAGGAGCAACACUUUUUGUGUUGUAACUAGAGCUGUCAAAAUUCAUGCAUUUCAGGGGAAAACAAUUGUAAUAUAAAAACAUACUGUAAGUUUCAGAACCCAAAACCAAUUUGUUGAAACCAAGCUGCCAAAGUGACUUGUUCUCGGCUUCCUUUACAUUGUGGUGACACUGGUGUAGACAUUUGCAUCUGACCACCUCCGCAAUAACACACCAAUGCCUACUUUACCUUUAAUCAUUUUCGAAGCUCUGCCCAGUAGUGAUGAGAAGUGAGAUGGCAAGUAGAGAGAGCAGGUCAGUCAAGAGCAGAGAGCCAAUCAGAACAGUGGGCGUUACCCGUCAAGUCUUAAAGGUGAAGCAGCACUAAAACUGAGGGGUUCAGAUGGUCAGAAUGAGGGUGGAAAAUUAUCAUUCUACUUCACUAAUAUUAUAAGUGAACAUCAAGGAACAAAUAAAAAAACAAAAAAGGAUGUCACGAUGCCUUUAAUGCCUAUGAUUCAUAGUGUUCAUUAUACUUAAUCACGGUUUUUACAUAUUUGUAAACACAUUUACCAAUUUUCACAUUAGAUUUUGACAUUUUACCCAGCUAUGUGUGUGUGUGUGUGUGUUCUAAACACUGGUUGGAAUAGGGCAAAACCUUAGUAGUGUGUCCAGCGGAGACAAUACAUGGAUGUACACACAACAGCGAUUCUGUGUCAAUGAUAAUGUGGAGAAAGGACCUCUUGCAAACAAACAAAUGGGACUUGUGACAAAAUUAUAGCACUUCAAAUCCUUUGCAAGUUGGAAUUUUACCAAAGUAUUUCAAGUUAACACACUAGCGCAAUGAUGAGGGACCGCUGUGGCCAGCUUGCUUGUUUGGAGCCUCUCAUUGAGGGUCUUUCGACGCUCUGAUCAAAGCUAAUAUCAUUUCAGCUUUGUAGCCAUUGCUACUGAGCUUUUAAUGCAUCAGCUACGAUUACUGGACAAUUUGAAUGAAGUGUCAUUACAUGGCUGUGUUCGGAAUAUCGAUAUACUUCUCUUACUGUGUCUUCUAUACAUAGAUAUGACAGGAGUAAGACUAGGAGUUCCUAGUGCUUGAUGUAUGAGCAAAGUCAAGAUUUAUAGUGAAAAAGGAGUUAAAGUUUGGUUUGAUCUCACCCAAAACUGAUUGGAUUGAUUCAGAAGACAUUUAUUAAAUCAUUGGAGUCCUAUUUAUUUCUUUUAGACUGUCUUUGUGAUAUUUGGACCUUCAGAGUUCUGAUCGCCACUCACUAGCAUUGUAUGGCCAUACAGAGGUGAUCUUCUAAGAAUCUUUGUUUGUGAUCAGUGGAAGAAAGUCAUACACAUCUGGGAUGGCAUGAGGGUGAGCAAAUGAUGAGAGAAUUUUCAAUUUUGGGUGAAUUAUCCCUUUGAUAUUAUGGAGGCUGUGGCUUUUUCAGACCUGUAGACGUUUGCUUUGUUCCGAAACGGGGACUAAAUCAUUACAAUAUUGCAUUUUCUUCUUGGUUCAGUUCGGUUUCACAAGGCAACAUUUCAAAAUGGACCAGAACUAUAUCAAUAAAAGUGAACGUGAGCCAGCUGUCCCCUUAUUGGUCACUAUGUUUGUUGCUGUUCCAGGAUUAAGCUCAUCCAUUGAUAUACCGUUAAAAUAAUAUGCAUGUAAAAAAUGUCAACCAUUACAAAUUUGAGAAUUUUUGAGUAUCGCCAUAUGAGGUUGUGCUCCAAAUACAAAAUAUUUGUCACUAGGAUGGAUACGAGUUUGUAAAGUUUCCUUCAUGGUUAUUUUUAUCUGUCAUUAGUUGCUUUUGCUUUAUUUCUCCAUUGAAGCAUGCUCGUUCUUACAGGUCUCUCUCUCGCACAUACACAGCAUAGUAAAGCUGCAUAUAAAUGUUUGUUAUAUGUCAAAAUUUGCUAAUGCUGUCCUACCCAUGUUCUGCCGCUAUCCAAAUGAGAGAAAUUACCUCUAAAAUGUACUAAAGUUACCUCAGAAUUAUAUAACAUCUCCUAUUUUUAAUGUGCAAUUAUAUCUAAUAUUGUUGUCAAAAGGCUAUAUCCACAUUUUGAUGAAUUACUGAGAAGUGCUGAUCUACAGAUGUCUUAUCCAAAGAUCCCUCAGCUAUAUAAUUGUUUAUACAUAUAAUUAUUUGGUCCAUUGGGUUGGUUUGCAUUCUCACCACAAGCGAACCACUCCAGAGUUAAUUUGCAAUCGGUCCGAGACCACCUCGUUCAGGCAGUCUCGGGCCGAUUGUUUUAGUGCAGAUUUGAGUGCGAUUGCCGUGUGAGCCAGGCGUGAAAACGCCCUUAAUGGGAGUUGCAAUGUAUAUUCAACCCGAGGACUUGCUCUUUCAGUUCAAAUGUUUAAUGUUACUUGCAUUGGUGCUAUUUUAGUGUAUUUUUAUCUUUAUUCUGUAGAAGGCUUUGUUUAGAAAACAUUAAUAAAGCAUUGUUGUUACCUACUGUUUCGUUUUCUUAAGAAGGAAAUAAAUACAUUUUGA